AUGACUCGGGGUAUUCUGUGCCGUGGCUGUGACGUAUUAACAAACCACUAUUUGGUGCUGCCAGUUCCCAAUAGAAAUAAUUAUUAUAAAGCAUGCAUCCGACAAGUUAACAUUCAAUGGAAAAACCAAAGAAAAGAUGAACUGAUCAAGCUCGAUUCUACGAACUUACUUCCUACAUACAUUAUGAUAGAGAGUAGUAUAUCAGAUAGAGUAAAGGUUAUCGCCUAUUGCUCUUUAUCUAAGAUACCAUCAUGUGCCCGACGAUGUUUGCUUGAAGUUAUUGUUAAAAAUGAUAAUUGCUAUUACCUAAAUAUUGAAUAUAUAUUUGUGGGAAUAAAAGAUAUUCAAGUUCUAUUUUCACGGUUUAACUGCAGGUAUUAUCAAGUCAGUUUUAAAAAUAUUAGCUCCAACCUGUAUAACUCCAAUUGCUACACUUUAACACAUAAUAAAAAACUGGAAACAAUAAAAAAAAACAUUAUUACAAAAAAUCCUUCAAACUGGAUUGCAAGGGAGCAGGAGAAGUUGAAUGAGGAUGUGUAUUUUCAGCGUCAAAACUAUUUUUAUUAUUAUUACUACAAUGAAUUAGAAGAUGAUGACGAUGAUGACAAGAAUCUUCAAACGCCUACUCGUAAAAUAUAUAAUGGUCCGCCGCCUCCAACUUCAUCUGAACCUUAUAUUGUAACACCGAUUCACCAUCAUCCUGAACUAAAGGAACAAUGUGUUCGUUUGAUAAACUUCGAAUGGCCGCGGUCAAGAAUGGCACGAUUUUUGAGUUUGGAAACAUCGACAGACACCUUACCUACCUCAUUGAUACUGUCGCAAAUGAUCAAUGGAAUUAAUACCGUCCUUGGACACGCAAAACUUACUAAUGUUCCAGCAGAUAGCAAUGCUGUCUUUUUAGAAUCGGUCGUUGUUGAUUUUCGUUAUCGUGGUCGUGGAAUUGGAACCUAUUUGGUAAAUGAAGCUGAACGCUAUUGUACUAAGACCUUAAAUAUUGAUAAUGUUUAUUUGGCGACAUAUGGUCAAGAAGUAUUUUAUGCGAAAUUAGGAUACAUAUUUUGUAAUGCCAUUAAUCUUUUUGGCACUAACACAACUCGAAAUACAUCUAGUAAAAAACAUUGGAUGAAAAAGGUUCUUUCUGAUUGGAAGAUUGAAUAUUUAGAUAGUAGAAAUAAUGAACUCACAGCAUCUCCAACAUUCGUUACAGAGAAAAAACUUCAUUCACGUGCGCACAUGUUGACUGAACAUAUUGGUGAGCACAAGCUCGGUGUAGAUACUCGCUUAUGUGUGGAUGUCGCGAGCCUAGUUGAUGUAUGGGAUGCUCGUGUUUACGGCCAACUCGGUUGUAAAAACCGCGCUGGUAACUAUGACAUUUCCAUACAAAACAUGUCAAGCCAACUGAACACCGAAAUAGCUAUCGAAUGUCCUGCGGAACAGUAG